CAGACCCCUUCAAAUUCACUCCAGGCUCCAGCCAGCUGAAGAAAGUUCUUGGCUUCCCACUAAGGCGUAAAGUGUGCGACCUGACCACUUCCGCAAACAUGACCGAUGCCCAGGCCCAGCGUCCGCCCCUUCCUCCGUUCACCCUCGAGUCGGCGCUUCAGAAGGUCCGUUUGGCGGAAGACGGAUGGAACAGCCGUGACCCCGCUAAGGUUGCCCAGGCCUACACCGUCGACACAUACUGGCGCAAUCGCGGCGAGUUUGUCGCGAAUCGCACCGAAGCACAGGCCUUUUUAGAGCGCAAGUGGAAGAAAGAAUUGGACUAUCGCCUGAUCAAGGAGCUGUGGGCGUUCACCGACAACCGCAUCGCCGUGCGGUACGCGUAUGAAUGGCAUGACGACUCGGGCAACUGGUUCCGCUCCUACGGCAAUGAGAACUGGGAAUUUGCGGACGACGGCUUGAUGGCUAAGCGGUUUGCGAGCAUUAAUGAUUUGCCUAUCAAAGAGUCUGAACGCAAAUAUCACUGGCCGCAGGGACGCCGGCCCGAUGAUCAUCCGGGGCUCUCGGAAUUAGGUCUAUAAACCUCGUGCGUAGGGCAGAUUCAGUGAUAUGUAGUAUCUGUUCGUGCUGGGGGACAGAGCCUCUCCGAAACUCUACUUCUAAAAAGCAACUAUACAAAGUUUUUGGUUCUGAUUGUCUACUGUAUGUGGGCAAACCGUGAUCCACGCCUUUCACAAGUCAUUGCCGUCCCUUAUGCGUUGGUAGAAACCAGCGACAUCGCCCGCGCCAUCCAACGCAGCUGGCCCGAUCUUGAUUCAGAAAAUGGGAACUUCUGGAUGCAGUUUAGAGAAUGGGACUUUCUGAAGACUACCGCCUUUUUAAUGGAAAACCACGUUGACAGGAUGGGGGAGAGGAAGUGUUGUGCGGGGAUGGGAUUUGUGAUGAUAACAUGGCAAGGUUUCCCUUUGGUCUCUAAAAAGGGAAUAGAGUUCGGACAAGCGUUGGGAAGGGCGCG